UUGACAGAUAUUUUCAUUCAUUAGUUUUGGCUUCCACAAGGGAAUCAACUGGAUUGUUGACCGUUUAAACAGAUAAACCACAAGAAAUUUAUAUGGAGAAAAUUUGCAGACUGUGUCUACAAAACGGGCCAAACUUGAAACCCGUCGAAGAUCAUUCCUCCUAUACCCAGCAGGAUCAAGUUCCUUCGGAAAAUAUCUUGCAGCUUAUUUUCCGAUAUUUGUCAAUACAAAUAGUUAAGCAUGAACCUCCAGACGAUAUGGCAGUUUGCAGUAGUUGCCGAUCAGCGAUACUGGAGUGGCACAGGUUUCGAGAAUGCUGUAUUCGAAAUGAUGAAAUCUAUCAAAAACUAGCACUUCAGGUUAUUACACAAAAUCUAACACAAACAGUAGACCUACCUACAGAUUACGACAUCGAACGACCGAAGCAAGAAUACGCCGAAAAUGAUGUUGAACAAAUGGAUAACACCGAUGAUCCACACUUUUCGGAAGAAUGUUUGUACGAUAUGCAGUACGAAGAUUCCACAAGCGCUACAAUUAUUGAUUUGCCAGACCAUUCUGAAACGGAAUCUAUAUGCGAAGACAAACUGUCAGUACUUUCCAAGAUUCCAUUGAAAAAACGUGGACGACCUAAGAAUACGAAACAUGGUAAUCAAGAGGCUGCAUGCGAACGUGAUAAUUCCGAUUUUAGCACAUCUAGUAAAAAGCGGGGAAGACCCAAACUAACUGUGAAAACAGAGAGAAGGGUGGAAGUUUGUACAAUUUGUGGAAAGUUCAUCAAGAACAUUUCGGAACACAUGCGAAUUCACAACAACGAAAAGCGGCAUCAGUGUCCGUUUUGUCCGAAAGCUUUCGUGAGUGCUUCGAACUACAACUCGCACGUGAACAUUCACACACGCGCCAAAAUGUACAAAUGCGACCUAUGCGAGAAGCAGUAUCCAAUGCUGAACGGACUAAAACAGCACCGGAAAACGCAUUUCAAGGAACGUGUUUAUUUAUGUCCGGUGUGUGGAAAAGCCUACUACCAACCGACCGGACUGGCCAGACACAAGCGGACCCAUUUCGAGGAACCAAAAAUCAAAUGCUCCGAAUGCGAUAAAUUGUUCCUCACGAAUGCAGACCUGCGGAAACAUUUCACCAAGCAUCUGGAUGAAAAACCGUUCGCUUGUGACAUUUGCGGACGGGCGUUUAGAAGGAAAGAUAAUUUGGUUACGCACACUAAAACUCAUCGGGCGAUGAUUCAACCUGCAGCUAGUAAAAAUAGCCCUCCUCAAGUGCCACUAGCGGCAGAGUGAACUUUUAGGAAACAACUUAAAAGCAGUCAACGAUAUGAUCAGUGUUAUGUGUAACAAGUAUCAGCAAUAAAGUAUUUCCCUUUGCGUUUUUUA